AUGACCUCUCCGUCCAACUCGGAGGCGCUCGGCCUCUCCCUCCCCAGCCGCCGCAACGUAACCGUCACCCGACGUCUCAGCGUCCACUCGGACGAGGAUGACGAUGCCGUCGCGCCCCUCUCUAGAAACUCGCUAGAGGGUACGCGCCGAUAUUACAACAUCGACGGCGGACUAGGCGGCGGUGCGUCCCCAGCCCGCGCUCGCAAGAUUAGCAGCACCACCUCCCCCAGACCCCUCUCCAACACUCCCUCAGAAGCGAGCGUCGGCGCAGCGCUGCGUUCUCCCACCCGUGGCGCUGCCCCCCUCCCGACCCCCCGCGGAUUCCUAGCGCCACAGAAGCCUGCAGCUGCUCGCCGGCUCGAACAGCGCGAGCGCAAUACGAGCGUCAGUACGUCGGGGCGCGUCAGUACCGAUCCCCGUCCCAGCGCCGAUUGCAGACCGUCCGUCGACACAUUCCGGCGACCCUCGCCACGACCUUCCGGUGACUUUCGGCCGUCGCUUGACGCGUCGGUAGAACCAUCGACCGGCGGCGCAGCCACGCCAAACAUGAGCGAGUACAGCCACGACAGCCGCGCGACGGGCGUGACUGGUGCGAGCUUCCAUACCGCUGUGUCUGGCAUGUCAGGUGCAACAUUCCACACCGCGGCGACCGCCGGCUCGCCGCAGACCCCGUUCACCAGCUCAUUCGGGCCGCAAAGCGUAUCGCGCGGGCCAUCACCGGCCCCGGGGCCAUUAGCCAUCCAGCAGCCACAGUACGGAAACCAGUUGCAGCGUGGCUCGCGGGCGCAGACGGCUCCUACAGGCGAGCGUGAAGCACCCACUUUUGGCUCUUCUAGCGCGACUGCAAACCGGCCGUCAACUUCGAACGUGGCUGGCGGCGUGAGUGGCUCCGAGACCCCACGUCGACAAUCCUUAUUCUCCGUCGUGCGAGACACGGAGACUGAGACGAUACCCCAACCGCCGAGCGCGACUCACCCGCAGCCACUGCCUGGUACACCUUCGCGACGCUCAGGUCCUGACAGCGCUCAAGGCGAGGGCGUGUGGGAUCGGCAGACGGACGCGUCAUCACCGAGUCGCGGACCCGGAGCGAGUCUGCACCACGACCUGUCGAGCGACUACUUAGUCGACACGCUCGGCGUCUUGGGUGAGAAGCGGCUGUCGCAGCGUAGACCGUCACCGGCCAAGGGCUCCAAGAGCCCGAGCCUCGUGCAACAGGCGAUGCUGGCGACCAACAAGCGGCGGUAUACCGAGUUCGAGAACACGAACUCGACGUUCUUCUGCGGCGGGCGCCUCAUGACCGGCGGUGACACGCCGUUAUCAUUCAUUCUUUCGAUCCUUCUUCUGCUCGGCAUCAGCGGGCUGUGGGUCGGUACAACCGGCGUGUGGCUCUGGAAGCAUGCGCACGAGUACGGCAUGUCGCGCGGCGCUGGCAUCGCGAUCAACAUCGUCUUUGUCUACCUCUUUGGCCUGACGACCUCGAGCAUGGCCGCAGCAUCCUUCCGCGAACCCGGCAUCCUUCCGCGCGACCUCGACACGGACCCGCCCUACACUCCCGUCGACAUAUAUUGGGAGGCGAACCCGCGCGAAAUCCUCGUCGGCAAGGAUGGCAAGGACAAGGUCCAGUGCAAGUACUGCGAGACGUGCAAGAGCUACCGCCCUCCCCGCUGCUCCCACUGCCGCCUCUGCGGUAACUGCGUCGAGGGCAUCGACCACCACUGCGCCUACUUGCACGGCUGCGUCGGUCGGCGCAACUACUUUGCCUUCUUGGUCUUUGUGAUCAUGACCGCUGUGAGCGACAUCUACGUCGUCGUCUUCUCCGCUCUCCACUUUUCCAUGCUGUGCGCCCAUGACCACAUCUCCUUCAAGCAGGCACUCGAGGAGAGUCCUGGCGCGGCUGUUUCGUUUGGGCUGGGCAUCCUCACCCUUGCCCCAGUACUCUUCUUGCUCUGGUACCACAUCCGCCUCCUGCUCUACAACCUUACGACCAUUGAGCAGAUCCGUGCGUCCGCGUCCUCUAAUCUUUUCAAGGCGACGCAGCGCCCCUACAACCCCUUUGCAGCGCCGUCGCGCUUUCAGAACAUUAUCCGCGCGUCCAUCGGUCGCCCACAAGUCCCCUCGUGGAUCGAUGCGUCGGGCUUUGUCGUGCAAGACAACCGUCACGUCAACCCUGCCUUAACCACGCCCGAAAAGUACCUCGAGCUUGUGUAG